ACUGAGCGCCUUCAUCAUAUCGCGACAGACGCCGAUAUCUCGAGAAAGCUCUCCGCUCAACUGUCAACGGACCCUCACUUGACCAACGCAUCACCGCAACACCGACCGUCAAGAUGUCCAACGUCUACUUCCCAUACUCCAAGGCGCCGUUGCGCACGAUCAAGGAGAUCCAGUUUGGUCUCCUCUCGCCGGAUGAGAUCAAACGGAUGAGUGUCGUCCAUGUGGAAUAUCCUGAGACUAUGGAUGAACAACGACAACGACCGCGAACGAAAGGUUUGAAUGAUCCUCGACUUGGUACAAUUGAUCGCCAGUGGACUUGUGAGACCUGCGAAGAGGGCCAGAAAGAGUGCCCUGGACAUUUCGGUCAUAUCGAACUUGCAACUCCCGUUUUUCACAUCGGUUUCUUGACGAAGAUCAAAAAGCUGCUGGAAACUGUCUGCCACAACUGUGGAAAGAUCAAGGCCAAUACGUCCGAUCCCAAGUUUCUCGAAGCCGUGCGCACGCGCGACCCUAAGAGACGUUUCGAUCAGAUCUGGCGACUGUCCAAGGACGUCCUGGUUUGCGAGGCCGAUCCUCCUCCUGACGAAGAUGAGCCCUUCUCGAAAGAAGGUUCGAAGCCUUUGCGGACACAUGGCGGAUGUGGAAAUGCCCAGCCUACGAUUCGACGAGAGGGUAUCAGCCUGAUGGGAACGUGGAAGCCGAACAAGAACAUGAUCGAGGAGGGAGACAUGCAGCAGCCAGAGAAGAAGCAGAUUACUCCCUUGAUGGCUUUGAACAUCUUCCGCAGCAUUUCUCAUGAGGAUGUCCGCAUCAUGGGCUUGAGUAACGACUACGCCCGCCCUGAAUGGAUGAUCAUCACCGUCCUUCCCGUGCCUCCUCCUCCAGUGCGACCCAGUGUCCUGGUUGGUGGUAGUGGUACAGGCCAGCGUGGUGAAGAUGAUCUGACGUACAAGCUGGCAGAAAUAGUCCGUGCCAACCAGAACGUGCAGCGUUGCGAACAGGAGGGCUCCCCAGAGCAUGUUGUCCGCGAGUUUGAGUCCCUCUUGCAAUACCAUGUGGCGACAUACAUGGACAAUGAUAUUGCAGGCCAACCUAAGGCUAUGCAGAAAUCGAACAGACCUGUGAAGGCCAUCCGUGGCCGUCUAAAGGGAAAGGAAGGUCGUCUCCGUCAGAACUUGAUGGGAAAACGUGUGGACUUCUCCGCUCGUACAGUCAUCACUGGUGAUCCCAACUUGUCACUCGAUGAAGUUGGUGUUCCCAGAAGUAUCGCGAGGACGCUGACCUACCCUGAAGUUGUCACGCCCUACAAUAUUGACAAAUUGCAGUAUCUAGUUUCGAAUGGUCCCAAUGAGCACCCUGGAGCAAGGUACAUUGUUAGGGACAACGGAGAGCGUAUCGAUCUUCGUCACGCACGGAGAGCUGGUGGUCAACAGCUGCUUUACGGUUGGAAGGUUGAGCGACACAUCAUGGAUGGAGACGUCAUUCUCUUCAACCGUCAGCCAUCUUUGCACAAGGAGUCCAUGAUGGGUCACCGUGUCCGUGUCAUGCCAUACUCGACCUUCCGACUCAACCUGUCCGUGACAACUCCUUACAACGCCGAUUUCGACGGUGAUGAAAUGAACUUGCACGUCCCGCAGAGUGAGGAGGCUCGUGCAGAGCUUGCUAACCUUUGCAUGGUGCCGUUGAAUAUUGUUUCGCCCCAGCGUAACGGUCCGUUGAUGGGUAUCGUCCAGGAUACUCUUUGUGGUAUCUACAAAAUCUGUCGGCGUGAUGUAUUCUUAACUAAGGAGCAAGUCAUGAACAUUAUGCUCUGGGUUCCCGACUGGGAUGGAGUGAUCCCUCCGCCAGCAAUCCUGAAACCUCGUCCGAGGUGGACCGGAAAGCAGAUGAUCAGUAUGGUGCUUCCUCCAGGUCUGAAUCUUUUGCGUGUUGAUAAGGACAAGGCACCACUAUCUGAGAAGUUUUCGCCAUUGGCUGACGGCGGUAUCCUUGUGCAUGGCGGUCAGCUCAUGUACGGUAUGUUCUCGAAGAAGACUGUGGGUGCAAGUGGUGGUGGUGUGAUCCACACCAUCUUCAACGAGUACGGGCAUGAGGCAGCCAUGGGUUUCUUCAACGGUGCUCAGAGAGUGGUUAAUUACUGGCUUCUUCACAACGGAUUCAGUAUCGGUAUUGGUGACACGAUCCCUGAUCAGCUUACUAUUCAGAGAAUCGAGGAAGCAGUUCGCAAGCGUAAGGAGGAAGUCGACGCCAUCACCGCUAGUGCGACCGACAACACUCUAGAACCGUUGCCAGGUAUGAAUGUCCGUGAGACCUUUGAGAGCAAGGUCUCGCGUGCUCUCAACAACGCUCGUGACGAAGCCGGUAGCGAGACCGAAAAGAGUUUGAAGGAUCUGAACAAUGCCAUUCAGAUGGCUCGUUCCGGAUCAAAAGGUUCCACAAUCAACAUCUCUCAGAUGACCGCAGUUGUCGGGCAGCAGUCCGUCGAAGGAAAGCGUAUUCCCUUCGGUUUCAAGUACCGUACACUUCCUCAUUUCACCAAAGACGACUACUCUCCAGAGUCCCGUGGUUUCGUUGAGAACUCUUACCUCCGUGGCUUGACUCCAACGGAAUUCUUCUUCCACGCAAUGGCCGGUCGUGAGGGUCUCAUUGAUACUGCCGUGAAGACAGCCGAGACUGGUUAUAUCCAGCGAAAGCUUGUCAAGGCUCUGGAGGAGGUGAUGGUCAAAUACGAUGGUACCGUUCGUAACUCUCUGGGCGACGUCAUUCAGUUCCUUUACGGAGAGGAUGGCUUGGAUGGUGCACACAUUGAGAACCAGCGCGUCGAUAUCAUCAGAUGCUCAGAUGAGCAGUUCCGUCGCAGAUUCCGCGUCGACCUUAUGGAUCCGGAGAUGACUCUCGGACCCGACGUUUUAGAACAGGCAACGGAGAUUGCAGGCGACAUCGAAGUCCAGCGUUAUCUGGACGAAGAGUGGGAGCGACUACUCAAGGACAGAGAGUUUGUUCGCAGCGUCGCCAAAGGAGAUGAGGAGAUGAUGCAGCUUCCGAUCAAUGUGCAACGAAUUCUGGAGGGUGCCAAGACUACCUUCAGAAUCAAGGAAGGCACUAUAAGCGAUCUCCAUCCAGCCGAGGUUAUUCCUCAGGUCCAAGCCCUCAUGGAUCGCUUGGUCGUCGUUCGGGGCGAUGAUAUCAUCUCUCGCGAAGCUCAAGAGAGUGCUACUCUCCUCUUCAAGGCGCAGUUGCGGUCUCGUCUUGCCUUCCGGAGACUCGUUACAGAAUACUCUAUGAACAAGUUGGCCUUCCAGCAUGUUCUAGGUGCCAUUGAGAGUAGGUUCGCUAAAGCAGCUGCGAACCCGGGUGAGAUGGUCGGUGUCCUGGCAGCCCAGUCCAUUGGAGAGCCUGCCACGCAGAUGACACUGAACACCUUCCAUUUUGCUGGUGUGUCGUCUAAGAACGUCACACUGGGUGUUCCUCGUCUCAAGGAAAUUCUGAACGUGGCCACCAACAUCAAGACACCGUCGAUGACUGUAUACCAAGAACCUGGAAGGGCUCACGAUAAGGAAUCCGCGAAGCAGUUGCGAAGUGUCGUUGAGCACACCAGCUUGCGAUCGGUCACGGAGGCUACCGAGAUCUAUUACGACCCGGACAUCCAGACUACGGUUAUUGAGAAUGAUAGGGAUAUGGUUGAAUCUUACUUCAUCAUUCCCGAGGAUGUCACCGAGGACUCGAGUCGCCAGUCCAAAUGGUUGCUUCGUAUCAUUCUCAGCCGUCCUAAGCUCCUGGACAAGGGUCUUACAGUCCAGGAUGUUGCGACGAGAAUCAAGGAAGCUUAUCCGAAGGACAUUGCAGUCAUAUUCAGUGAUAACAACGCUGAUGAGCAAGUUAUCCGUAUUCGUCAGGUUCAAGACUACAAGGAAGAAGAAGAGGACGAUGACACGGAAUACGAUGUUACGCUCAAGAAGCUAGAGCAGCAUCUGUUGGAUACUCUUACCCUCCGUGGUGUGGCUGGAGUCGAGCGUGCCUUCAUCAACGAAAAGGACAAGGUGCGCGUUCUUGAGGACGGCUCAUUGUUCCAGAGCAAGUCAGACCCUCUUUGCAAGGAAUGGGUCCUCGAAACCAGUGGUUCUUCUCUCGGCGAGGUGUUGGCUAUCCCUGGAGUCGAUGCUACUCGCACGUACUCCAAUCAGUUCAUCGAGGUGUUCGAAGUCUUCGGCAUCGAGGCCGCACGAACUGCAGUCCUGCGGGAACUUACGCAGGUGUUGGCGUUCGAUGGUUCCUAUGUCAACCACCGUCACUUGGCUCUCCUGGUCGAUGUCAUGACGGUUAGGGGUUAUCUCACUCCUGUCACCCGUCACGGUAUCAACCGUGCUGAUAACGGUGCCUUGAUGAGGUGUUCGUUCGAAGAGACGGUUGAGAUCCUCUUGGACGCUGCCGCUUUCGGUGAGCUCGACGACUGCCGUGGUGUGUCUGAGAACUUGAUUCUCGGACAGAUGGCGCCCGCAGGAACUGGAGAGUUCGACAUGUACCUGGAUCAGAACAUGUUGAACACAGUCGUUUCCAACAACGCGAGAUUUGGCCUGAUGGGUGCUAUCGGCGCGAAGGAUGCUAUCAUCAGCGAUGGAGCAGCGACGCAAUACGAUACUGGUUCGCCCAUGCAGGAGAGUGUGUAUAUCGGAACACCCGAUCCCGACUCCAAGUUCUCUCCUAUUCGCCAAACCGGCGCCGAGACUCCUGGAGGUUUCGCCACGGAUUAUCGCCCUGGUUUCGAAGGUGGCUUCAGUCCUGCUCCCAGAAGCCCAGGUUAUUCUCCGACCAGCCCCUUCAAUACCAGUCCGACGUCUCCGCGGUACUCACCGUCGUCGAGCUACUCGCCUACGUCUCCUGGCAUGGCUAUUACCAGCCCUCGUUUCAUGACAUCUCCUGGUUUCUCGCCGGCCAGUCCGUCGUUCGCGCCGACCUCGCCAGCUUAUUCUCCUACCUCGCCAGCCUACGGCCAAGCGUCACCGACGUCUCCCUCCUACUCUCCUACCUCUCCGGGAUUUUCUCCCACCUCGCCCAACUACAGCCCUACGUCGCCAAGCUUCAGUCCAGCUUCUCCGGCAUUCAGCCCGACGUCCCCAAGCUACAGCCCCACCAGCCCUGCCAUUGGGGGAGCUACUGGCCGUGGUCAUUCUCCCACUUCUCCAACCUCGCCGAAGUACACACCUACUUCGCCUGGUUGGUCCCCAACAAGUCCUCAGACUUACUCUCCUACCUCUCCCAACUUCGCUGGCUCGCCGACGUCUCCUGGUGGACCUACAUCUCCAGGCUACAGCCCAACCUCUCCGGCUUUUAACCCGACGUGAGUGUUUUCUGCCUGCUCCAUGAUCAACACCCAUUUGCUGAUAGCCUCUUCCAGGUCUCCGCGCCAGUGAUUUUAGAUUUUACUGUCUCUUUACGGCCCUUUCCACGCUGAUGUACCACCAUGCCCUUGUUCACAUAAACCACACAAAAGAACCAUAUUGCAUCUUAGGU